AUGAACUACGGAAAUAUCUCCUCAACUGAUCAAAGGUUUCAGGCAGGCUAUAACACAAUAAACUCAACACAUUAUUUUUCAAUCCCUGUGCCUGAUGAAAAUAAGCUGUUCAACUCCAGCAAUGUCAAUGUGCCGGGACGCUGGGUAUUUCGUGUUGAUGGUGGACCUGAGGAGGGAAUAUUCUAUCCAUAUGGAGAUGAAGAGGAUGAGAUGAACCCGCAGUCAGAUGAUGGAAGUUCUCCACCGAUUCCUCUGCUGCAGCCAUUUGUGUACUUUGGCCGUUUAUAUGACAAAAUAUUUGUGAAUAAUAAUGGACACCUAACUUUUAAUGAGCCGUUUUACCAGUGGUAUCCCUACUAUUUUCCUAAAUACUCAUCUAUAGACAUUAUCGCUCCACUGUGGACAGACAUUUAUAAUAGUGAGCAAGGAACCAUCUCUUACCGACAAGUAACAGAUGCUCGUAUCUUGAAUCGGGCAUCGAGAGAAGUUAACAAAUAUUUUCCCAGACUGAACUUCUCCGCCUCUUGGGUUUUUAUUGCUACAUGGGAUAAAGUACCAUACUAUGCAAACAGAGAGUCAGAAUCAACCUUCCAAGUGGUUUUGGUGUCUGGCAAAAACAUGUCAUUUACUUUCAUGCAUUAUGAUUUUAUCACUCCCACCCAAAGCGCAGAGUCUGGGCUUGACACAAUUAAUUCUACCAAUUUCUUUUCAAUUCCUUUUUCUGACAUCGCAAAUCUGCCAUACACAAGCAAUGUAAACGUCAAGGGUAGAUGGGUAUUUCGAGUUGACAAUUCAUCAGAAAACAAUGAGUUUUUUAGGUAG